AUGUCCUUAGCCUGCGUCCUGCUGGCUGUAUUUCUUCUUGUGGCGCUUGUGCUCUCGUGGCUCUACGGCAUCCGGCUUUACGAUGCCAUGUCACGGAGGGGCCAUCCGCGCGACCACCACCCCCUCUUCCACACGGGUCGCACUGACCGGGUCGUGGCGCUCACCAUCGACGACGCGCCCUGGCGGUAUCAGUUGCCUCUCGGCGUCGAGCUCUCCACCUCGAUCGAGGAGAUCGGCGAAGUGCUGCGCAACCACGGCUGCUCGGCCACGCUCAUGGUGAUCGGCUCGUACCUGCGCGCCGCUCCGCCGCGCGCUCUCGCGGCUAUGCGCCAACUGCACGCCGACGGCAUUGUCGAGUUUGCCAACCAUGGCUACACCAACAGCAGGGCCGCCUCGCUCACGGCUCACCAGUUGGCCCUCGAGAUCAACAAGACCGAGGCCGCCGUGCGCGACUGGCUCGGACCCGAAGCGCGCAUGGCUCCGUUCUAUCGGCCUGGCUGCGGCCGUUUCCACGCCGACAUGCUGCUCGUGGCCGCUGACCGCGGCUACCGCACUGUGCUGGGCGACGCUUAUCCGUUCGACCCGCAGCUGCCAGUGCCCUUUCUCCUCUUCUGGCACCUCAUGAUCACGGUGCGACCCGGCAGCAUCAUCAUCCUCCACGACCGGCCCUGGACGCCGGCCCUCCUGCGGAUGCUGCUCCCAUGGCUCCAGGACCAAGGCUACCGCGUAGUGAUGCUCUCGCGCGCCCUGUGCCCCCAAUAA